GCAUUUUUUAUGUCAAGUAUAAGUUGCAAGCAUAAUAAAUUAAUAUGCCUUUGCAUUAGAAUGUAAACUUAUUUCAUAGAAAGAAUAAUAAAUAAAAAGUUGUUUAUUGAAUUAAUAUUUUCUUUAUUUUUCAUUGGUUUAAUGUAAAGAAUUUUCUUAUUUAAUUUGCUUAAAAUUUGUUUAACUAAAAAAAAAACUUAAACUAAAUAGCUGUGUUUAAAUCGAAAUGUUUAAAUCGAAUCUUACUGCUUUGGAGCACGUUACUCCCUCAAAAUUUGAUUGCAAUGAUAGGAAGGAGUUUGCUGCAAUGGUUUUGUGGUUAGAAGAUAUGAAAAUACGUAAUCUACGAAUUGAAAACCGUGAAGCCUUAAGAAAAAUAGACAAUCUACAGCAGUGGGAAAAGGAAUACACAAAGUAUAAAGCAAAUUUGGGUAUGCCAGUUUUUAACAAACCUGCUGAAGAAAUGGCUUGGCUACUUAGCCACGCUGUUCGUUUGGAAUAUUUGGAUUGUCCUGCUCGAUACAAAGACAUCACCUCUGUUAAUGUAGAAAACAAACGAAAAAGCUCUAACACAAAUGUUCCAAAUAUGAAGUCUAAAAACGUAUUUGAUAAUAUGGAUUAUUCACAUCCGGAUUUCGAACAAGGGGUGAGAACACUAGCUAGUCAGCUUGGAUUUGUAAACUAUUUAAGUCAUGAAGUUUUAUUAGAAGCCGCAGCUAUUUUUAUAAACAAAAAUAAAGACAUCCUUGCUGGAAAACGUACCCAAGUUACUGGUUCACCUUUAUCGUUUGAAGAGAAAUAUAUUGUGUCUAAGGAUCGUCGUCUUGACUUAGCUGUAAGAAUCAUGAGAUUCAACCAAAUUUAUAAAUUGAGAGACUUGCAAACUAAAAUCAAUGAGGCUAUAGUGGCCGUUCAAAACGUUACAGCAGAUCCAAAAACUGAUACUAAAUUGGGAAAAGUUGGCUUUUGAAAAAAUCUUUUUGGAAUUAAUAAGAAUCAAGUUUUAUUAAAAUACUUGUAUAAUACAUGUGUCUACACCAAUAAAAGCAAAAUACUUGUCAUGUGAAAAAAAGUAAAAAUUACCAUAUCUUUUUUUCUAUAAUUACUUAAUAAAUAUUACAAUAUUAUGC